GGAGAAAUAGACAUAGAAGGGAUUACACCACUGCUUGAAUAUGCAAUCGGUUUGGCUGCUGCGAUGACUGAGCAGCGUCAUGUGAGAUGGGGAGAGUGUUUUAGCAGUGGAUGAGAUUGAGAUCAGCAGUGACAAAGACAGAAAAAAGGCAAAGAGAAGGAAAGAAGGAGGCAGUUGAGCAAGUGUGCUGCUUUCAGGCGUUCCAUCAUCCACCAAACUCCUGCAGCUUCCCUCCUCCUCCUCCUCCUCCUCCUCCUCCUCCUAGUGUAGAGGAAGAGAGAGAGGGAGCAACAGAGAGAGAGUGAGAGAGAGUCACGCUUACAAGCCAGCGAAGAAGAGACGUCAAGAGGAGGAUCCACAAAGAGAGGGAAAAAAAAAAAAUCCUUCUCUCUCUUCUGCUGCCUCUCUCCGUGCAUCCUACCGGCAGCGAGGAGCGAAGAGGAGCGAGGAGGAUCCGGCUGGCAUAUUUUCUACGCCGCUUCCCCACAUAUUUCUGUGGCUGCAUCACAGUGCGUGGAGCGCAGGGAGAGCCGCCGAGGGCUAGAUCGGUGACACCGCUCCGCAGCAGAGGAAGAGGACGGUAGAGGAGCCGGUAUGCUUAACAACCUGACCGACACAGAGGAGGGGGACGGGGGAGCGCAAAGCCAGGGCGACAGUAACCCCAAGGAGAGCAGCCCCUUCAUCAACAGCAGUGAUGCUGCCGCAGAGAAGAGCCAGCAGUAUGACGGCAAGAACAUGGCCUUGUUUGAGGAGGAGAUGGACACCAGCCCCAUGGUGUCGUCACUUCUCAGCAGUCUGGCCAACUACUCCAACUUACCCCAAGGUAGCAAGGAGCACGAGGAGGCUGAGAACAACGAGGCCGAGUCAUCGCGCAAGAAACCCGUCAAGGCCCCCCAGCUCGGCACUCUGAUGGGCGUCUAUCUGCCGUGCAUCCAGAACAUCUUUGGAGUGAUCCUCUUCCUCAGGAUGACCUGGCUGGUGGGAAUCGGAGGAGUCAUCGGGACGUUCAUCAUCGUCUUCAUGUGCUGUGCCACAACCAUGCUGACUGCCAUCUCGAUGAGUGCCAUCGCUACCAAUGGAGUAGUGCCAGCUGGGGGCUCCUACUACAUGAUAUCCCGCUCGCUGGGUCCUGAGUUUGGUGGAGCAGUAGGUAUCUGUUUCUACCUGGGAACCACCUUCGCUGGAGCCAUGUACAUCCUGGGAGCCAUCGAGCUCCUCCUGAUCUACAUAGCGCCCAAAGCGGCCAUCUUUCCUAUAGAGGGCCUGGAGGGUGCUGAGGCGGAGGCCGCCCUGCUGAACAACAUGCGUGUGUACGGUACCAUCCUGUUGACCUCCAUGGCCACCGUGGUGUUUGUCGGGGUGAAGUACGUUAACAAGCUGGCCCUGGUGUUUCUGGCCUGCGUCAUCCUCUCCAUCCUGGCUGUCUACGCCGGCGUGAUCAAGACUGGCAUUGAACCUCCCAUCUUCCCUGUGUGCAUCUUGGGAAACCGCACUUUGGUGUGGAAAGGCUUUGAUGUUUGUGCCAAGACGCUUGAGACAGCUAAUGGGACCGUCACCACCCAGCUGUGGCGCCUUUUCUGUGAUUCACCUUUCCUCAACGCUACAUGUGACAAGUACUUUGCCGCCAACAACGUGUCUCAAGUGCAGGGGAUCCCUGGGAUCGCCAGUGGAAUCCUGACAGAGAACCUGUUUGGGAACUACUAUGAGAAGGGCGACCUGAUUGCCAGGAGAAACAUGGAGUCAGUGGUAGAUCCUGACGACACCCUGACCAACUCUAACCGCUACGUGUUGGCCGACAUCACCAGCUUCUUCACAUUGCUGGUUGGCAUCUACUUCCCAUCUGUGACAGGGAUCAUGGCUGGAUCCAACCGCUCAGGAGACCUGCGUGAUGCCCAGAAGUCAAUCCCCAUCGGAACCAUUGCAGCCAUCACCACCACCUCCACUGUCUACAUGUCCAGCGUGUUUCUGUUUGGUGCCUGCAUCGAGGGAGUGGUCCUCAGGGACAAGUUCGGAGAGGGUGUCCACGGGAACUUGGUGAUCGGCACAUUGGCUUGGCCAUCACCAUGGGUGAUCGUGAUUGGCUCGUUCUUCUCCACCUGCGGGGCGGGCCUUCAGAGCUUGACAGGAGCUCCCCGUCUCCUGCAGGCCAUCGCCAAGGAUGGCAUCGUGCCCGCCCUUCGGAUUUUUGGCCAUGGGAAGGCCAACGGAGAACCCACAUGGUCCCUCCUGCUGACAGCUUGUAUCUGUGAGAGCGGGAUCCUCAUUGCCUCGCUGGAUGCAGUGGCUCCCAUCCUCUCCAUGUUCUUCCUGAUGUGCUACAUGUUUGUGAAUCUGGCCUGUGCCCUCCAGACGCUGCUGAGGACUCCGAACUGGAGGCCGCGCUUCAAGUUCUACCACUGGGCUCUGUCCUUCCUGGGGAUGAGCUUGUGUCUCACUCUUAUGUUCCUCUGCUCUUGGUACUAUGCCAUUGUUGCCAUGGUAAUUGCUGGCUCCAUCUACAAGUAUAUCGAGUUUGCAGGUGCGGAGAAAGAGUGGGGCGAUGGGAUACGAGGUCUGUCUCUGAGCGCUGCACGUUACGCUCUCAUGCGGCUGGAGGAAGGUCCCCCACACACCAAGAACUGGAGGCCACAGCUGCUGGUGCUGGUCAGUACCGAUGCAGAGCAAAAUGUGGAGCAGCCCCGUCUGCUGUCCCUGACCAACCAGAUGAAAGCAGGCAAGGGUCUAACCAUCGUUGGGACGGCUCUAGUGGGCACGUACCUGGAGAACUAUGACCAGAGUCAGCGUGCGGAGCAGGCACUGCGUAAACUGAUGGAGACCGAGAAGGUGAAGGGCUUCUGUCAGGUGACCGUGUCCUCAAACCUGCGUGACGCUACAUCCCAUCUGCUCCAGGCCAGUGGUCUGGGCGGCCUGAAACACAACGCUGUGCUGGUCUCCUGGCCACGCAACUGGAAGCAAGGGGAUGAGCACCAGACCUGGAGGAACUUUGUCGAGUUGGUGAGAGAAACCACAGCAGCUCACCUGGCUAUGCUUGUCCCGAAGAACAUCGCAGCGUUCCCGUCCAAUGGCGAGCGCUUCACAGAGGGUCACAUUGACGUGUGGUGGAUCGUCCACGAUGGAGGCAUGCUGAUGCUGCUGCCCUUCCUUCUCCGCCAGCACAAGGUUUGGAGGAAGUGCAAGAUGCGCAUCUUCACCGUGGCCCAGAUGGACGACAACAGCAUCCAGAUGAAGAAGGACCUGACCACAUUCCUGUAUCACCUCCGUAUUGACGCAAUGGUUGAAGUUGUAGAAAUGCAUGACAGUGACAUCUCCGCCUACACUUACGAGAAGACUCUGGUGAUGGAACAACGAUCGCAGAUGCUUAAACAGAUCAACCUGACCAAGACUGAGCGUGAGAGAGAGAUCCAGAGCAUCACCGAUUCAUCCCGUGGCUCUAUCCGCCGCAAGAACCCGGCCGCCGUGACCACCCAGCUGAGUGUAUCCGAGGACCCGCCCGUAGCCAGCAAGGAGGAGAAGCCCGAAGAAGAGUCAAAGUCGGCCUCUCCCCCUGUGUCCCCCCCUGCUCAGGUUCAGCUCAUCCAUGACAACACCACUCCGGCCAGCCCUGAAACCCCGGCCACCCCGCUGACCCCCGCCGAGGGGGCUCAGAGCCCCGGGGAGCAGGUCCAGAUGACCUGGACUGAGAAGUGUGAUGGCGAGCCAGCCAAGCCGCCGGGAGCAGCCACACCAGAGGGCAUCAAAGACAUCUUCAACAUGAAGCCUGAGUGGGAGAACCUGAACCAGUCCAACGUGCGGCGUAUGCACACAGCACUCAGGCUGAAUGAAGUAAUCAUGAAAAAGUCCUCGGAGGCCAAGCUAGUCCUCCUCAACAUGCCGGGACCGCCCAAGAACCGGACAGGUGACGAGAACUACAUGGAGUUCCUCGAGGUUCUCACUGAGGGCCUCAACCGGGUCCUCCUGGUCCGCGGAGGCGGCCGCGAGGUUAUCACCAUCUACUCCUGAAAGAGCAGCCCCCUCCCCUCCCCUCCCCCCCAUCACCACUCCUCCCUCAGCCCCGUUCCUGUGUCCGCUGUACUCCCGCCACCUCAUCAAUGCUGCUCCAUUAUCAUGUCGUCCUUACCGUUUAUUUCUAUGAGAUAGUCCUCUCACACUCCAACAAUGACCCCGGCUCAGCUUAGCACCUCACCCUCAGCUCCAUCCCCAGCAGACCGAUGAGCAGUGUCACACAUUCAGCUACGAAUCCUUCCACUCUAGUCCAAUAAGCUCCUAUGACUAUUGUAGGCUCUAGACUAAAUUAGAAGCUAUCUAGAUUUGUUCUUAAGGAAACUUUUUUUUUCUUCGUUGCUCGUCUGUUAUCUACUGUAGUAACUCGGUCGGGAGGUGGCGGUGGCGGUGGGCGCGGGUCGUUUGCUGAGGUGUGAGUCCACAUGCAUGCAUGUGUGUGUCUUUGCUUUAAUUGUUUUUAUUUUUAUUUUUUUUCUCGAACACAAGUGUGGCAUAGACGCGGCUUCUGCUCGAAAAGAACGAGAGCCAGCUGAAAUGAGCUCAACGUAGGAUUGUCUGUUAAGUUCCCUCGUGGUGAUCGGACACCUCCCACAGCGUUCCAGCCUGUAAGGCAAAAAGACACUGCUACCCACGAUCAGGACCACCAGCUGGAGGAAGGAGUACAAUGUAGUAGUUAAGUAUGGACUGUGAAACUCACAUCGAUAGUCGAAGAAGACUGAAAAGGGGCGCGUGGAUCCACCCGGCAGUAUUAUCUUUAACCUGGUCACCACAUCACAUGACAUCCUUACAGCUGUGUGUGUGUGUGUUUCUACUCCACUUGGUUUCCCGCCUACCUACCUACCUUCCUUUCAACUCAUUUCUUAGUGGCUGUUUAACCCUGUGGCCACUGUUAGUGCCAAAAAAAUAAAAUAAAUAAAAAGUACGAGGAUAGCUUAGUUCGUAGAGGUUGACACGUAAUUAAACUGUGAAUAGUGCGUUUACUAGCUGAAGGCUGGUAUGUCAGCGGAGCGGGGUGACAGUACAGCGCCCCCACCCCCCUACCCCCCACUCCGGAGGAGAUUAUCAUCGCCAGCACCCCUCAAACCCUCGUGUGGAUCACUGUAAAUAAUGUACAAGCUCUGACGCGUUGUUCAGUAUGAGUGUAGUAUUUUUGUGACAUACUAAAAAGCUUCUAGUGGAGAGAAAACGUUCCUUCGCUCGGAGGGACAGCUCAAAAAUGCUGUUUUUAAAACAACUACACAUGGUUGAUUUAUUUAUUUAUUGGAUUUAUUUAUUGGAUGGCAUAGGCUCCUGUCACUAUGGUAACCGUCAUUGUAACCUCAACAAAGCACUGCACCUGCACUGUCCACCACUGUGCAAACGAGUGAAAUUUUGAUGAUUUCAUCAAGUUCAUUAAAAUAUUUAAAAAAAAAAAGUAUAAUAAUAUUACUAAAUGUUAUUUUUUCAUCUAGAGAACAAAUAUGUAUUUAUGUUUAUAGACAGAAGUUACACAUAAUGAUAAAAUAGUUGUCUAUCAUACUGAUUGUCACUCAAAGCUAUAUCAUUGUUGUUUUGCCAAAUUUAGAUACAUUAACUGUGCCAUAUCGACAUACUUUCCAAAUAGGGGGGAAAAAAAUAAAUUUUUAUUGAUUCAAAUCAGAGAGAACAAAGUGCGCCGAGUGUCUACAUGAAACUAGUAUGAUGAUGACACUGUAGUUGGAAAGUCGCCCUAUAGACGAUUGAAGAAUGCAGGUUCAGCCCCUCCAUUUAAAAAAAAAAAUAAAUCGUAUCCACCCAGGAGAGAUUUUGAACAUGUGUCAGUUACUUGUUUAUAGGGUUUAUAGAGGACAAUGACUUCUGUAGCUGCCAAACUCGCUUUGUCCACAAGAAUGAACUCUAUGCAGUAGACUCUCCAGUGAGAUUUUCUAUCCUCCAGACUGAUUGAGAUUUGAGCCACACACGUCCCCGACUGAAUGACUUGUGAGCAAAAUCAUGUUUAGGUUUGAAAAGUGCAUUUUGGAAGGAAUGUGCAAUAGCUGAAAUCCGGACUCAUGUGAUUCAUGUUAUUUAUUUUUUUACACAUAUAUUUUGUAUAUGUAGAUUUCGUAAGUCUUAUAAGAAUCAUCUCACUCUGACCAAGGACAGCUGUCACUUUACGUUCAAUUAUUCCUGUUUCUUUUCCUGAAGAAACUAUUUUUUGGUCAUUUGCACUUGUAGUAGAAAUAUAAAUAAACACGUAUAUAUAUACAGUAUAUACAAUAUAGGGAAGCAAAAGUAAUUAGUUUCUAGAACUAUUUAAAAAAAAACAGUAUUAAAUGUUUUUAGUGUUGCUUGAAUGUCGGAUCAUAUGUUGUGAAUGCUGCUAGUAUCUAUAGAUUUAUUUGUACUGUAAAUAGAGAUGAUGAAAACUUUAAAAUUAAAGAAAAAGUGAAAAAGGGUAUAGACAUACAUAUCAGCGGUGGCGGCGGUGGUGAUCUAACAAGACAAGGCUGUACCUGUAUCCAUUUGGCCUGUGAUCUCUGGACAGGGUUUGUGUUUUAGUAGAAAACUACACUGAAUACCUUGAUGCAAUAUUAAAAAAAAAAAAAACAAAAACAAAAAACAAACAAACAAAAAAAAAGACGAGAGCAAAUCCUGCACCCUUUUGUUCUCUUUUUACGAAAAAAAAAAAACCUCCUCCUCUCUUGGUUAUCUUAAAUCCCUCGAGUAAAGUGAACAAAUUUUAAGGUAACAAGUUUAUAGCGCACGUAGUGUAAUUGCCAAAAGGUCUAAAACGCCGAGCAUUUCUGGUUCAUUUGAUAAAUGUUUGCAAAAUUUUUAAACACAGCUACCUUUGACACCUGCGACACUUAACGAGCAGCCACUCCUAGUUUUUCGAAGACGCUUUGGGGGUUUGUUUUGAGGGACACGGUUACUUUUGGGAUCGUCUCUACAACAUUGCCUGCAUCAACUGAGCCUUUUAAAUUGAUUCAAGAAGAAGAAAAAAAAUAAUGAUUAUCUGAUGUUUAUUGGAGACGUUUAUUGGAAAUUUGUUUAUUUAUUGAAUUCUAAAUGUUUUAUAAUUGCUGUUUGCAUGGUACUCCGUGGCAAUAUUUGUUUUUGUUUCUUUUUUGUUUUUUUUUUAGUGGUUUCUAUAGUGAUGACUUACAUGUUCAAAGUGCAGAGCGGAGGGAGAAGGUGGCCAGAACUCGGGAGCGUUGCCGUAAUCUCAGACCUUGAAAACAAGUCUUUGCAAAAAAAAACAACAAAAAAAAAACAAAAUAGAAAAAGUAUGAGUUCGCUAUAUUGUUACUUGUUAUAUUUGCUCAAAUAAUCUUGCGUACUGGGCGAUUUUAAGUUUGUGAAUAGAUGGGCCUUAGGAAUGGUCAUUUCACCUUUGUAAAUAUAUUUAUCACUUAAGUCAGAGACACUGUAACCUACUAGUGUUGUCUUUUGUUGUACACUGUUCUAUCACUGUGGACAAAGUCUUAGAGUUUUGUAAGAUUAUGUGCAAUAUUGUUCUCGCAUUGCUUUAAAAAAGAAAUACUAUCAUUUAUUUAUUUUGUCACUCUUGUGUUUUUUUUUUAAUUUUCUUUUUUUUAUUAUUAUUAUUUUUAUUUAUAUGAAUACCUGGAGGUGUAAAGCAGUCACUUACUUUAUAAAAAUGUCUGUCACCAGGUCUUAUGGACCAUAAAGAUCUAAAGUGUUCAACCCAAAUGUGGCUGAGACAGCAAAGCACUUUAACACCGAGGGGGCGCUCUGUGACAGGAUCAGUCUGCAGGAGCUGGAGGGUCCAACACCUGCUCUGCGCAGACUCUAUCCCACAGCGGCCCCUGGUGGCUCAAGAGUGUAUUACAGUCAGCUGUAGACUAUGACAUAGGAUCGACGCCCGUCGCCCUGCAGUUGUGAACUGCAAUAAUUCCGAGAACCCGCCUGCUGAUUUCGUUUACAUCAUUCGCGCAUUUUUUUGGAUAUUUUAAGCAUGCAUCACCGUCUUCUUUCGUUUCUCUUGCCAAACUUCUUUUAAAAAAAAACACUAAUAAUAGUAACUGUUAAAUUUAUAGUGCUUGUCACUCAAUCUGUGAGGUGAGCCUUCCCAGACUCCCCGUCCCUCCCCCCUCCCCUUCCCCUCACCCCCUACCUACCUACCUGCCCUCUGGUCUCCUCCAUCCCAGCCACAAAAUCCACCCCAGCUCUGUAUUUUAAAUGUGAUUGCAGUAUAAUUCUGAAAAAUGAUCAAAGAAUAUAAAACUCGCGCUUCCAAUCCUGGUACAGGCUCUGCUUUGACCACAAGAGAUAGUCGACUUAGAAACCAGCACACCCCCCUCCCCCUCUCCCAUCAAACUGAUCCACGAUCUCGAUCGGAUCCUUUCGCCUGCACAACUGUAGCAUGAGACAAAACUUGCCGGUGAUCAUUACUCAGUCUCCAUCCUUAAAUGGAUAUUAAGGGCUCUGAAACACAUCUGUUACCGGGUUGAGGAGGCUGUCCUUAUAAGACACCAACAGAGAAAUACAGAACAAACCCCAGAUCACUGCAGAGAGGGCGCGCAGUCUGUAGCUGGAACAAGAUCGUACCCUCCGGUUUCUCCUCGCGGAGGCACCGGACAGACGUGCCUGAGGUGAUUCAACAGCUGCACUAACGUUUCAGUCGAUUUCUCUCUGGGAGUCAGACGAGGAGAAAAAAAAAAAGAACAAAACUCAAGUGGCUAUCCAUGCAGUGCAAGCAGAGCCCCAUUCCAGUUAUGUUGUGUAACUCAGUGCAUGCAUGCAAUUACCCUGAACAAGGUGUAUUGAAAAUAUAAUGGGUGUUUGUGGUAUACAAGUAUUUUAUUUCUAUCGUUUAGAGACUUUCCUUUUUAGUAGUAUAUUUUCUCUUUCCUUAGGACUGGCCAAUCAUUGUAUCCGAGUAUUAUAGUACAAGAAUCUAUUUUUUAAUGGUAGAUCUGUUGGGACUCUCAUUUGUGUCAAAUUUUAUCUGCAGAUGAAACGAUUACCAAAGUAUAUUUCAGUUGACUACAUAAAUGAGUGUGAAAAUGCGUGCUCCAGUGAGUUAGACGCAGACCACGGUGUUCACCUUUCUACAAUUUGUAGCAGUUAAGUUUAAUUAAAAGUAAAAAAAAAAAUAUAUAUACAUUUAGUUUCAAAGAACAUUGGACGUGCCAAAGUAUUUUAAUGGAAGUUGCUUGAAAGUGCAGCGUCUGACGCUGUAGAUGUACCUCUAUUCUGUCACCAGCUGUGGUUUUAUUCAGUGCGUUCCUCAAUAUUCACUUUUUUUCUUCUCGUCUUGUCAAGAACUUCGCAAGCACGCAGAGUGGAAACAAGUAGCCAUCCUCUACCCAAAAGGUUAAAGAAACCCCCUAAUAAACACACAUCUUCUUUAUUCCUACUAAAACAAAAACAAGUCUAUUUAGCCGACCGAUACCUUGGUGUUAGUCAAUUAUAAUAAAUUAUCUGAUGAGGAACGCCUUAAAAAUGUUGUAUUAUUUAGAUGAGAUCUCAUAUGUUAAGUAUUGUAAAAUUGAGGUUUUAAUUUGAACAAAUUGUUUCCAGUGCUUAUGCUAAGCUAACUUAGCCUCCUGUGGCUCCUUUAACCCCAGAGACACGAGCGCCUUUAAUCCCAUCAUUUACCCAAAAUGAUUAUCGUUUGAUUUAAGAACCUGUGCCUCUGCCAGAGGAAGCUGAUCACGGUCGACUUGUGUCUAACUCACUGGACUUGUGGGAAACAUUUUGUAUGGAUGCUUGAAAACUGUAAUGGAUGUAGAUGAUAUAUACAGCAUACACACAAAGACACACCUGUAUCAAAUUUCGCAAAAUAUGGAAAUGUUCUUUCAUUCUGAGCGGUUCAUUACUUUUCCUUGAUACUGUACCUGGUCUUAUGGUAAAGCUGUAGUUCGUUCCUUUCAGUUCUGUGGGAGUGUGUAUGUGUGCGUACACUUGUUAACUGCUGGGGGGCGGGGGUGGUUGUGGGCGCGGGUGGGAGGGGGCUACAUGUAAAUAAAUGAAAUACAGUUAGUGUGGAGGUGUUUAUUUUUUGUGUCAGUGUAAGUUAAAUAUUCUAAAAUAAAAAAAAGACAUGUAUUAUUCUCUAUUGUGAUUCAUGGUACAUUUAAAAAGAGGAAAAAAAGUAGUUUUAUCUUACAUUUCAAAUGCUUAUCUCUAUGGCUUCUGGCGAUACCCGUUCCAUUUUAUAGAUUUGUCAGCACAAAAUGCAAUAAACCAAUACCAUUUUAUUACA